UCGUAUACAAUCGACGUAGACUUUUGCUUUCUAAUUACGUUGUUCUGUACAUUUUUGUUGCUCAAACAUCAUUUAAUCAAGACCUAAUUGUUUGGUACAAUGAGUGCUCCUUCGAACUCGAAGAGCACAGCUGGCCCGUCACAGCCCGCGCCGUCGGGGACGUCGUCGGCACCGGUUUCCGUCCAAGAGUUCGUGAUUCGUGUGCCAAAGAACUUGAAAAAGAAAUAUCACGUCAUGCGAUUCAAUGCUACACUGAACGUGGACUUCGCCCAAUGGCGCUCGGUAAAGAUGGAACGAGAAAACAAUCAGAAGGAAUUCAAAGGAAUGGAAGAAGUGAUGCCAAAGUUCGGUGCUGGUUCGGAGUUUAACCGGGAUUUGCGCGAAGAAGCUCGCCGAAAGCGAUUCGGAAUAAUCUCGAAAAAGUACAAGCCCGAGGCCCAACCCUGGAUCCUGAGAGCCGGUGGCAAGGGCGGGAAAAUGUUCCGAGGGAUCCGCGAAGGUGGAGUUGGUGAAAAUGCAGCCUUCUAUGUGUUUACGCAUGCACCGGAUGGUGCCAUCGAGGCUUACCCGCUUAAUGAGUGGUACAAUUUUCAACCGAUAAACCGAUACAAAGCCCUUUCGGCGGAGGAAGCGGAACAGGAGUACGGUCGGCGGAAGAAAACGAUGAACUACUUUUCGCUCAUGUUCCGGAAGCGUUUGAGGAAGGGCGAAGACAACGAUGGCGAGGAGCAGGAGGAAACGAAGGGCAAAAAGGGUGAGGGUGGUAAAAGCAAAGACCUGAAGAUCAGUGAUAUGGACGAAUGGAUCGAUUCGGACGAUGUGUCAUCGUCAGGGGAUGAUGACGAGGAAGGUAAACCGAAACAGAAGGACAGCGAUGACGAGGCGAAGGAUAAAAAAGCCAAGAACAAAAAGAAGGCCUUGGCGGAUAGUAAGAAAAAGAAACGGGAUGUGGACGAGGAAGCAUUCGAAGAAUCGGAUGACGGCGACGAGGAAGGCCGAGAGUUGGACUAUAUUUCCGAUUCUAGUGAUAGCGAAUCCGACCAUGACGCCAAGGUUGUAAAGGAGAUGAAAUCCGUAGCGGAGGAAGAUGCCCUCAGAAAGCUGCUAACGUCGGAUGAAGACUCGGAGGAAGAGGAGAAAAAAUCGGACGAAGAAGAAGAGAAGGAAGAGGACAAGAAUGGGAAAUCCAAGGAAAAGGACAAGGAUGGCAAGGAGAAAGAAAGCAAGGAGGGCAAGAAGAAGAAGAAAGCCAAGAAGAAUAAGAACAAAAAAUCCGAAUCGGACAAAAAGGAUUCGUCGAGCGAUUUCAGUUCGGACAGUUCCGAUUCCGAUGCGGCUGGUUCUAAGAAGAAAAUUAAACCGAAGAAGGAAAAGGAAGGUGUCGGAUCGAAUCUUUCGAGUGCCAAUAAUUCGCGUUCCGCAUCGCCGAGCGUGAGCCAGUUCGAUUCGAACAAGCGCAAGCUGGUAGGAUCAAAUAUGCCUUCGACUGACCUGACCGGUUCGGAUAACAGCAACAGUCCUGUGUCGACUCCUGCGAAAAAGCUAAAAUCGGAAUCAGCACCCUCAAUUCCACCGACCUUUGCUGGAAUUGUGAAUUCCUCGAGCAAAGAUGACAAUGGAAUAACUGAAGAAGCGGUCCGAAGGUACCUGAUGCGUAAGCCUAUGACCACCACGGAACUGUUGACAAAGUUCAAGAACAAGAAAACGGGCGUAUCGAGCGAGAAGCUGGUGGAAACGAUGACGCAGCUAUUGAAGCGAAUCAAUCCCGUGAAGCAGACGAUACAGGGCAAGAUGUAUCUUAGUAUUAAACCGAAAUAGGUGCCCUGUGUCUCGCGGUGUGGUUUGCUUUCUCAAUAAUACAAUCUUUAUGCUAUAAAUAAAUUGGCACAAUAAUAUUCCAUUCU